GUUCUGUUGGUCAGUGUUCAGGGAAUUGCAGUAAAUCUGGAUCCGGUUCUGUCGUCCUGGCUGCUGUUCCACCCACAGAGAACCAGCGGCAGCAGACCGACACAGCAGGUCUCCAUGGUGAUGAAGAAGAGGAGGGAGGAUGAAGCUUCAGUCGGCAGCGCUGCACUGACCAGACAACCCAGCAACCAGAACUCAGACUACACCAGCAGCCCAGUCAAGACCAAAACUGUUACAGAGUCCAGACCUCUCUCUAUCCCAGUGAAGGUUUUUCCAUCGACUGAAGAAUGUCACGUGUGUCCAGAGGAGCAGAUGAAGAACCUGAUCACACACACCUGGAACGCCGUCAAACACCUUACGCUACAGGUGGAGCUGCAGUCCUGCUGUGUGUUCCUGCCCUCCGACACGCUGCCGUCUCCCAGUACGCUGGUGUGUGGGGAUGUCCCGGGCACGGUGCGCAGCUGGUACCACAGUCAGGUGUGUAUGCCGGGCACGCUGGUGGUGUGUCUGCCGCAGAUCAGUGUGUUGAGCGCAGGACACCGCCGCAUGGAGCCGCUGCAGGACGGCCCGCUCACUGUGCCCAGACCCGUGCUGGAGGAGGGUGGUGCGUUCCCCUGGACGGUGUGUGUGCGUCAGCUGAGUGUGUAUUCUCUGCUGGGUCAUCAGCGCUCCCUCAGUGUUGUGGAUCCUCUGGGAUGCACCUCCACACUGGCGCUCACUGCACCCCGGCUGCAGCCGGCGGCCCGAGACGCCUUCAUCAUCUGCCUGCAUGUGGACCUGCAGCCGCUGCAACUGCAGUGCUCCAACCCACAGGUCCAGCUGGUGUGUGCUCUGUGGUGCCGCUGGAUGCAGAUCUUCAGUGUGUUCGAGCGCCUGCAGACUAGAGGAGCUCAGAGAGCAGCUGCAGGUUUCCCAGAAUGCUCUGCUCCGGCCGCUGGCCCCACCUCCCCUGUGCACAGCAGUGCCGGCACCGCCCCGCCUGACACCAGCACCUGCAGCCCGUCAGCUGACCUGGGCACGCCCACUGAGGCUGACUCUGCGCACACAGACGACCCCGCGGCCGGUGAGACCCUGACCCUGGAGCAGCAGACCUGCAGCAUCAGCGGCUCCAGCAGGAGACUCAGUGUCUGGAUGCAGUGGAUGCUGCCGAGACUCACACUGAAGCUGUUCUCCAGCGAGCCCACGUGCAGGACCACCGAGCUGUGUGUGCUGGCAGAGAUGGAGGACCUGAGCGCGUCUGUGGACAUUCAGGACGUUUAUACCAAGGUGAAGUGCAAAGUGGGAAGCUUCCAUAUAGAUCACUACAGAAGCAGUGCUGAAGAGGCUGCGGUCGUCCUCUCUUGCACUGAAAAGCUGAACAGACGCACGGUUCUGCUGCGGCCGCUCAGCAGACAGGAGCCGCACAGCGCUUUCAGCUUCUUUCCCCCUGCGGCAGCGAAGGCUCUGGAGGUCUCGCACCAGCAGCACGGCUUCCUGUCGGUGACCUACACGCAGGCGGUGACGCGUAAUGUGCGGCACAAGCUGACAGCGCGGCAGGAGCGCAUGGCGGCGACCCCGAGGCUGAGCGAGGACACGAGCGACGCUUCACCGCAGCACCUGCACGAGAUCCUGCUAACCGCGCAGCCCUUCGACCUGGUGCUGUCCUGCCCCCUGCUGGCGGCGAUGGCGCGCGUCUUCCACCUGCCCCCAUCACUGCGCCCACCUGCCCGCGAGCGCAUCUCUGCUCAGCCAAUGAGAGGAUACGCACUGUCCUCUAGCAGUCUGCCUCUAGUCUACGUCAACACCAGCGUGAUCCGCAUAUUCUGCCCCCUGGAGGACACACAUGGCAGCACACAUUCACAUUCAAAGCACAGGAAGGAGGACACAGUUGUGCUGAAGAUCGGAUCAGUGAGCGUCGCUCCUCAGGCUGAUAAUCCACUGCCGCGCUCAGUCCUGCGCAAAGACAUCUACCAGCGGGCACUGAAUCUGGGUGUGCUGCGUGACCCGGGCUCUGAGGUGGAGGACCGGCAGUAUCAGAUCGACCUGCAGUGCAUGAACAUGGGGACGGCGCAGUGGGCGGAGCUACAGCCAGAGGGGGCGGGGCCAGGCGGAGUCACGGCGGUGGAUACAGAGAGGAGCUCACAGAACCCUGCACUGGAGUGGAACAUGGCCAGCAGUAUCCGCAGGCAGCAGGAGAAGCGAGUGAUCCUCUCUCCGAUCAUCACAGAUUUCUCCGUGCGCAUCACAGCAGCUCCGGCCGUCAUCUACCGGAAGCCUCUCUCAGCAGAUCACAGCCCAGCGGAGGAGGUGGUGGUGUGUGGUCACAGUCUGGAGAUGAACAUCACGUCUAAUCUGGAGCUGUUCCUCAGCGCAGCACAGGUGCAGUUACUGCAGCGCCUCCUGCAGGACAACAUGAGGAUGACGGAGGACGCAGACACUACUGCAGACGUACGACACACACACACACACACAC